CGGUUAUCUCGAGCGAGUGGAAGCCAGGCCUGCAUUGAACUAGUUAGGUACGAUCGUUUUCGCAUUUGGCUCGCUUUAGUACGAUCCGAUCGGUCGCCGCGCGUGAACGCCUUCUUGCUGUGCACAGUGGUCGUAUUUUGAGUGUUCUUCGAUUAUCAAAACAUCAAUCAACGAGAGAAAGAUUGACCCGUUUAAUUGUGGUGCCGGACGAGAUGGAAUCGGAAUCGCACUGUCGUUAAGCACCAAUUGAUGAUAAAUCACAUCUACGAGCAAAUUUUCAAAUCCACAUGAAGUUAUAGAACCCCUCAGCAAAUUAGCUCCCAAGCGAUCCUCACCGUGGCAUCCGAAUUGAGUGACGCAUCAUCAUGGUACUAAAUCCAAAAAUCCUAAAGGGAACCAUCCCGAAGCGGCUGACGGUCGCCGUAAUGAUCUUCGUGGCAUGUGUAACAUCGUUCAUGAUGCGUGUCAACAUGUCGAUCAAUAUACUUGCCAUGGUUCAGCCGACGGCCUCGCUUGCAAGGCUGCCAACAAACCACACCACAAUCAUACAAGCGGCAAAACUAGUUAAUGCUAGCAGCAGUACGGGGGAUGAAUCACCGAUCACAGCCACGACUGUUGCAGCACUCCUUUCCGUUGACAAUGGGACGACCGUUUCAUAUGAUUCGUCGCGCAUUGAGAAAGAUCCGGAACUGCAGAAUUUCGGUCCCCGAUAUAGGUGGGAUCAGAAAACCCAAGGCAACAUCCUGGGGGCUUACUUCUACGGAUAUCUGCUCACUUCGCUACCAGCUGGACUACUAGCCGAACAAUUCGGGCCGAAAUUGUUGAUUGCUGUUUCCUUUGUAGCGAGUGCCAUCACAACCGCCGUAACGCCAGUGCUGGCCGAGGUAGGAGCAUGGGCUGUAAUAGGCUCGAGAGGUAUGAUUGGCCUGUUGGCGGGCUGUGUCUACCCAUGCCUGCACAAUCUCAUAUCCCGUUGGAUACCGCCGAAUGAAAGAGGCAAAGUGAUUGCCUGCAUCGCUGGUGGAAGUACCUUCGGAACUGUGAUCACAUGGCCCCUAGCCGGUAUCAUAACCGAAAAAUUCGGUUGGGCAACCUCGUUCUACGUAUCGGCAGUGUUUGUCCUGGUAAUUGCGAUCAUUUGGGUGUAUCUGAUUGAGGAUUUACCGGCUCAGCACAAAUCCAUAACCGCAGAGGAAAAACAGUUCAUCGAAGAAUCGUUCGGUGGGACGGUAUCAAAGGCAAAGUCCAAGCCACCUUUCGGUAAGGUGCUCAUUUCGCUACCCUAUCUGUCUCUCCUGCUGCUGCACUAUGGAAAUUUCUGGGGCAUGAACUUCUUCAUCACUCAGGCUCCGAAGUUCAUGAACGAGGUUCUAGGGUUCAACCUGUCCAGCUCCGGAUUCCUGUCCAGCUUGCCGUAUCUGGCACGAAUGUUCUCCGGAUUCUUCUUCGGAUACAUCGGUGACCUGAUCCGAACAAAGGACCUCAUGAGCACAACCGCUAUCAGGAAGUCAUUCUGCUUGUUCUCUCACCUCAUUCCGGGAGCAAUUCUAGUGGCCCUUCCAUUCAUCGGCCAGAAUCCAUUAGUGUGCGUAGCAUUGAUCGUGGCAUGUUUGGGCGUCAACGGAGCAUCCACCAUCACGAAUCUUGUCAAUGCCCAAGAUCUCGCUCCCAAUUUUGUAGCCACCCUCUACGGUAUGAUGAACUUCAUUGGCACUACUGCUGGAUUUGUUGCACCCAUGCUGGUGGCACAUUUCACUGCGGAGAUGAACACGAUGGAGCAAUGGAAGAACGUUUUUCUGAUAACUGCUGCCAUCUACAUAGCUACCGGAGUGUUUUUCAUGUUUUUUGGAUCAGGAAAGGUUCAAAGCUGGAAUGAGGUCAGAGAUCAAGCUUCGGCAGAGGUUGCUACUGCAACGGGCCCUCCGGACGAGUGUAGUAACGUUAAGAAAGAAUGACUGGUCCUGUGCAUUCAUUGUCAAGCGUGUCAGUAUUGUUCUAGGAAAGUGUAGUGAUAAUUGUGUAGUUUAGCGAAUAUUUAUUUAUGUUUCUUGAUGAAAUAAUAAAAACCUGAAUUUUUCCACCUAUGGUAAAAUCUAAAGGGUGUUACGAUCAAAAUUUGGUCAAACAU